CGCAUGGCAACAGGAUCAGAGCCUGGGAGUUGUCUGCCGCUAGGUCUGCUCCCAUUUUAUCGCAUUUCUUCACUAGAUGGUGUGCAAGCCACUGGAGAGUAGGCUGCACUUGCUCGCGCACAGUAGGCUACGGCUCCAACAAAACAAAUCUGGAAAACUACAUUAUACGACGCGCCAUUUAUUUAGGCUUUUGAGGAGGAAAGUGUGGGAAUAAAAGGUUUGCUUUAAGGUUUUCAUGCGACUUGGAUAAUAUACAAUCCAGCUGUGAUGGACAUAAUGAUUGCGGUGCAGGAUGUGUGUGUCUCCAGUCAAUGGCUUACCGCUAUAAUUCUCAGUCUGUGCUGCUUUUUGCCUUCGUGCUUACCCGCUGGACAAACUGUGGACUAUGCAUCGAUUGAAAGUGUGGUCACCCGACAAGGCGAUACGGCUCUCCUGAGGUGCACUUCGGAUGGAAUCUCUAAAGGAGCUUGGUUGAACCGUUCCAGCAUCAUCUUCGCAGGGAAUGACAAGUGGUCCGUGGACCCCCGUGUGUCCAUCGUAUCGAGUGGGGGGGAGUACAGCCUGCAGAUACAGAAAGUGGACGUGACUGACGACGGCUUGUAUACCUGCUCUGUUCAGAGCGAGCGCAAUCCAAAGCCAAAGCACCUUCAUCUAGUCGUUAAAGUUCCCCCCAAGAUCUAUGACAUUUCCUCCGACAUCACGGUAAACGAGGGCAGCAACGUGUCACUCAUCUGCACAGCCAGUGGGAAACCAGAUCCCACCAUCUCCUGGAGACACAUAACCCCAUUAGCCAGGAAGUAUGACAGUGGAGAAUAUCUAAACAUCACCGGUAUCACGAGGGACCAAGCAGGGGACUAUGAAUGCAGUGCAAUGAAUGACAUUGCCUCUCCUGACACCAAGACAGUGAAAGUCAUAGUCAAAUUCGCCCCAGCCAUCCACGAGAUGAAAAGCCAUGGAGUCGGCCUGGGACGCACAGCUCUGCUGAGGUGUGAGGCUGCAGCUGUACCCACACCAUCAUUUGAGUGGUACAAGGGAGAGAAAAGGAUUAACAAGGGACAAGGGAUUGACAUCAAGAACCUCAGCUCCAGAUCAGUCCUCACAGUGACCAACAUGACAGAGGAUCGCUAUGGUAACUACACGUGUGUCGCUGCCAACAUCCUGGGAAGGGCCAACGCCAGUGUGCCUCUCAUUCCAAUUAUUGAACCCACCGCAACUAGUGCUGUCUCCCGCUCAGCGCCAAACACUGCGCCGUAUGGGAGUACAGGAAGAGCGGAAGUCCUGCUGGCCUGUCGGUACCUGAUCCUGGCUCUCUCCUCCUUCAUCAGUGUGUACUAGUGGAAGGGCAGCCAUACACAAUGACUGUAAAGAGCCCUUCAAGCAUUUAUGAAUCCUUUGACAAUGCUCAUGUCUGGAUCAAAUCUAGUACAGUUUGUUGAAAGCAGUGUGGGAUAUAAUCAGCAUUACUUAUGUGGGGAUGAUCGUUUUAUUUCUGUUGAAUUUCUCAUCAUGUAAAUACUUAAAAAUCGUUAGUUUUUUUAUUUUGAUUGUCCACUUUGUGAAUCAGUGCUCAUUGUCCCCUUUCAAAGACCAUGAAAGCUCCGAAAUGAGUUAUUUUAUUAUUCUCUCACCAGGAGGUGGUGAUGCGGAAAUUGACAUUUUCAUCUCUGUUUUUGUAAAUGGCUCAAAAGAUGCCAUUGUGUGUCCCUCAAUACAUCAAUGCAUCAUUUCCAUACCAAUGUUGUGGCCAGUAUUGAAAGUAUACAGGGUUAAAAAGGAAAGCAUCAUUUUAGAUACCAUUCAUUACAAAUUAAGGUUAGAGCAUGGUAGAAUGAUGACAUAUUUUGAGAUGUGCUAUUAUAAUAAUACAAUAGCUGAAAUGCUGCACAAUAGACAUUGGAAAGGGAACAUUUCAGACAUAUUUGAUCUUGGCCAUAUUCUAUUUGAAUGCAGAGCCUUUCAUCACACCCCCAUAACAUGUUCUCUGUCCCAAAUAAUUUUUCCUCUUUUGACUAUUGGAAUAGUACUCUUUCUUUUCAGGCAGGGGUCCUAAAUGUAUGAUAUAACUUGACACUCAUAUUUGACCAGGCAGUGAACAGAGUAGCAAGUGUUUACGUUAGUACUGGUAACAUACUGUAGUCUGGGGGGGUAAUAUAAUUUACAUAAUUACCAUUUCAUCAGAAAACAGCUCACUCAUUUUCAAUACUGAAGGGAAGACAGUUUUCCUCUCUGAGGACAAUACAGUAUACGUUUACAGUUUUUCAUUUGUAUUUCUAUGGUUUGAGAGAGAUGCGUUUACAAGUUUACAGAGGUCCUGAACAUGAAGAGGAAGACCUCUGAUGAAGGGAUACUUAGGUAUUAGUAAAGAUCUUCCAAUAUAGUAACGUUUAAGACAACAUUUAACACUGACUAACUCUGGAUCUAGACAGAUGGAAAUACUUUCCAUCCCGAAAUUGACAAAUAACAUUCGCCUUCUAAUUUAAGAUCAAAUAUUUAAAUAACCAAAAUGGGAUUGGUAAAUGGAGGAUAAAGAGGAUUUAUGCAUUAUGAUGUGUUUCAGUUUGAGUUUUAUGAAUCAUAUCUUCCACAGGACAAGGGAAUUAUGUCUGCCAACUUCUUAAAACACAGAUUGGUCUAAUGAACAAAACGUGUACUAUAAAACCGGAGACAACAUAGCCAUCGAGAUAUAAAUCUGAAAGCACAAAUACUGUACUUGCUGUUAUUUUUGAUUGUGUAGUGUUUUGUUUUUAAAAUAUAUAGUGAAGACAUUUUUGUUUGAUUAAUUUUCUGUUUUUAUUAUUUUGUUUUUACUGGAAUUGUUUUCAGCCUGUUUUGUGGUAAAUUAAAAUACUACACCAUAUAAUCUUGUUUAAAUGUAAGUAUGAUGCAAAAUGGGUCAGAAAUAUAUUUAUUAUCUUCCUUUGUGAAAACACUGUAAAAAAAACAACAACAAAAAAAACGAUUUAAAACGUGAAUCUGGAUAUGUGAAAUUAUUUCAAUGAAGCACAGUAUGGCAUAGUUUAUAAUGUUGUCAAUUCAUUUAGAUGCCAUCACUGUUGUUGAUUCUUGUCAAAACAAUAGAUUAAAAAAGAGAUGUUUGCAAUCUAAUUAUCUACUUUUUGAAACUGAGGUGGUGUGAACCAAUAUAACAGUAUUAUAGAAAUGAGUAAAUUGUGUGUAUAUUUGGAGAAAAUAGGAUUCCUUUUGAUCUUAUUGGUAGAGCCGGUGUGUAGUUUAGUUUUCACACACUUGUUUGAUGAUGUGCAGAGAGUAUGAUUGUGCUGCAUGUCAAAAUUAACCUGUGUUUUAAGGUGGCCAGUUUACAAAUAAUCAAUACUUUUAUGGGUAAAACCAGUUUUAAGAAUGUUUCAGCUCUAUGACAAAAAAAGAGCAUUGCAUACUAAAACUCACCAGGCUACAUCCAUUUGUGUUUUGUUUGAAUCUAACUUGAGUAUUUAUGUGACAAUACUGUGUUGCUAUUUUCAAGUCUUAGUAAGAGUGGCACAUUGGUGACAGCAUGGAGUGUGUUGGUUGCCUGUCUAAGCAGCUCAGAACAUGGAAUUAUUUCUUCAUGUAAAAUGUACUGUGUGUUCAUUAUUUUUGAUUAUACAAUUUGGCAUUAACCAAGACCAUUUAUAUAGUCACUAUUAUUUGCAAUUUCCUGAUGUUAACAGACUUAAAAUUACACAUUUGAGUUAAAGAGCAACUGCCCUAAAAACCAACUUCUCCUUUUAAAAACAGCCUAUGUGGUAUCGAUUUGAGUAAAUAGGAUAAUUUUGGUCAUAAAGUCAGUCUUGUCCAAAACCCAGAUUUCAAUAACUUAACCUCAAACCAACAAUAAAUUGUAGAAAUUCAUAUACAAAUAUUGAAAGCAUUUAAUGAGACUUAAAGGUGUCCAACAUAAAAAUAUUGUCCCAUUUACAUUGUGUAAUUUUUUGACAGAUCCUAACUAGCCCCAAAGAUAGGCUAUCCAAAGUCAAACCAACUCUGCCAGAGUCCCACACCAGCCAGCUGAAGCUAAUUGGUGAAUGAAGUUGGCUAGCAAUAGCUAGCCUAGGCAAUUUGAAGUUACAAGACCUGGUUAGACUGUUUCAAGUUAUCUAGAACAGGGUUUUGCAAACUCGGUCCUGGGACCCCCCUGGGUGCAUAUUUUGAGUGAAUGUGCAAACACUUGCCACGUGUGAACACACACAUUUUUUUUCUUCACAAAAGUAGUGCUGUAUUAGCGGACCGAUAUAGCUGUCUGUAGCACAGGUAAACAAAAAAAUAAUAAUGAGCCCUCCCUCCUCCAUCUAUUGAGAUGUUUCAUAGACAGUGUUUGAUGCGGACACCACUGUGCCACAGUCCACUAUACCAAUCCAGUAUGCAUUUGGGUAAAAAGCUUGUGCUGUUUAAAUUAGACUAACAUACCUGGGUCAUGUUCAUUAGGGCACACAACAGAAAAAAAACGCUUUAAAAUGUUUUGCAAUGGAUAACUAAAUUGAGUGUUUCUUAUUGGACAGGAAGGAACUGGGUUUCUUUUUUGACAAAGAGAUAAAUUAACAUGACAUUUCCACUCUAACUUUAAGAGGUGGGUCACAACAACAGUUGCAAUUUCAACAGAGGAUAAUCCAAAUCAGAGUACAUUUGAAAACCAAGGUUGUGUUUAUUAGGCUUCGAGAGGAAUGAACCAUGUUCAUUCCUCACUUUGUCAAAAAUGAGGCCCUGGCACACAUCUGCAGAGGUUAUCCCCCUGUGAAUAAGGUGACCUGUCUCUGUGCUAGCUGUUAACAGAAAAUCAUUCAGCUUUCACAUUUCAGAUAAGAGGAUAUUUAAGUAUUCAUGCAAUUACGACCAGGCCAAGCUCUGACUUUUCCCAUUGAGUUUUACCACUGCAGUAUUGGGGACGACUUCAAAGAGUGCUCUUCAACUCACCUGAUAUUGUGAUAAUCCCUCAAUUUAAAUGUUCAACGCUUUGAAUACAGAAUAGAAGGCAUUGUUUUGAAUAAUGAAACAACAGCUGUCAAAUGAGUCCACAAGGGGAACAAGUAAUGUACUGAAUGUGCCUUUAAAGUAUUUAAAUAAUACGUUAAAUACCAUAUCCUAGCCUCAUUUCUAAAACAAUUAUUGCACCUCUAGAUAAGGCCCUUGGAGAAGGGUAAUUUACAGGGCAUAAGUAUUUCAACAAUAUCAAAAGAUUCAUGAUUGCUUAAUCAUUCCAUAUCUUGAUUUUGCUGUAUGUUAUCGCUUAAAUAUCACCAGUCAUAUUAAGCUUUUCAAUAAUCCAAGCAAUGUGCUACAUGCAGGUUAAGCUCAUUUGAUCAGAUGUGGAUAAUUUCCCCCAUUUUGUCUGCAACUAUUUGCUUGUAUUGGGUUUAUGUGGUAAAAUGUAAAAAAAAUAAAAAAAAUGAUCAGGCUUCAUACAGUGUUUCAUUGCAGUAUGCUGUGAAAACAGUUUAUUUCUUGUAGAUAGUGUAAUAGUUACAUUCCAAGUAAAAUACAGUAAAACAACACUCAGUUAGUCUAAAGCAUCCUCAGCAAAAAUCAAUCCCCAUCGUUAUAGGAAGUCAAUGACAGCACGGGCAAACCUUAUUUAAGUGUGAAUUUAUUGAUUACUGAUUACCCCUGCAUGGCUCCCAAGUGGCGCAGCGGUCAUCUCAGUGCUAGUGGUGUCCCUACAGACCCUGGUUCGAUCCUGGCCGUGAUCAGGAGUCCCAUAGGGCGGCGCACAAUUGGCCCAGCAUCGUCCGGGUAAGGGGUGGGUUUGGCCAGGGUAGGCUAUUGUAAAAUAAGACUUUGCUCUUAACUGACUUGUCUAAUUAAAAAAGUACUCUACAAUACUCAGACCUCAGGAAAGAUAUGAUUUUUUUAUGUAAUAUUGUUGGUGUACAUCUCUGAGCGAUGUUCUUUCAAUUCCUGGGGUCAUUUUAUUGUGUAUCUGAGCUAUUGCCUUUCAAGCAGACAAAACUCGUCAUACCAGCUGCCAAUGGAUAGAAAAGCAUUUGACGUGUUAGUCAUUUAUCAGACUCUCUCUACAAUUAGUGAAGUUUUCAGACCCCAAAAGUAGAAUAAUGUCCAUUGAAUCACAGUGCCAAAACCGAAGUGCGUGGCCACUCCCGAUUGUUAUCUCAUCAACACACACGAUAGUAAUUAAAACAGCAUCGUUUGUAAGUCUACUAUUGUCUUGUAAAACAUGUGUAACGGAGUUAAGAACAUACCAUAACCUCACUCCACAGCUAGCUUGAAAUGUCCCCGAUUGCGCAUCUUCUGUAUAGCUUGAACAGUUUAUAUUUUGUCAUGCGGGCGGUCACGUGUGUUGCGAGGUAGAGGACACUGGUUCAAGCCCAGUCAGAGGCAAGUUCAGGGAGGCAAAGCUUUUAUGCUAACCUAGCACACUGGCGCCGGUUAUACAAUCAUACUUAGACUAAAUGACCUGGAAGAGUUAUUUUAAACCUGUUUAUGCUAUGUCAAAAUUUGAGAAUUUAUAUUGGUGACUGUUACUCAGGCGUUGAGUAUUGAAAACAGUUUAUUUCUUGUCCUCGAACAACUUGCUAUUGCUUGAUUGGCAGUAUGAGAGGAUAUGCUGUUGUUUAUCGAGAUGAUUAGGAUGCUGUCCGGCCUCUUUCUUUCUUGCUUUUGCCUGGCUCUUCACAAAGGAAUCUGUUGGCUGAGUGAAUGGAGAAUGGCCGGGGCCGUUCUGAGAGAGGCUAUUCUUCUGACCCUGCGGUCAAUAAAAUCCUUCUUGUGCCUUUGUCAAUUUUUACUGGCCGAUUUUGUCAAACGCUGGAGGUGCUGCCUGCUCGGGCCCUCUGUGUCCACUCCCUGAGCAGCAUACUGAGUAAAAACCUCUCUGUUUUUAAAGUACUCACAUUCAACUCAGUGAAUACGCUUGUAGCACAGCAGGCAAGAGCUCUCCUCGCCCCUGUCAACCCAAGCCACAGACCCCUUCUACAUUUUUGAUAACUGAUCUUCAGGCGAGUCUUCAUACAGCAUUGUGUGGUGGAAAAUAGUAAUGUAAAAAAUAUAUAUAUAUGGUUUGCAGCAUCUGUCUUGAACUUUUCAAAUUGUCCAUUUUUUAUUUGUGAGUGGCAUGAAUGUAUCUCGCUGUUGAUAGUAUCCUUUUCGACAGUACAAUAGCUGCUAAAAAGUGGAACGUGUGGCUUUAAAAGGCAUACUAUGAAGUAUUUGUCAAUCUCUCCCUUAAUACUUUCACUGAGCUGGAAAAUAAGUUAGCAAGGCACUGAUGCAGAGACUCCGAUAAUGCUACAUUUUAAAGCAAGCUAUCUAAUCAUAGAUAGUCUCCAUGUGCAGUUGAUGACUGAAUCGCACAGUGAGAAAUGUUUUUAUGUAAACUUUGAGAGCAAUUGUCAGUUUCAAAAAGGACCAAGCAGGGUGUUGUAUACAAAAUAUCACUAUGAAACUAAAUACAGUACAAUCCAAUUCGUUUUUUGUUAUUGUGCCUCUGAUGGCACAUUUUAUUGUUUCAUACUGAAUGACAUGGCAAUUCCUGAGUUCUUGCCAUGAUGAUCUUUAAAUCAUUGAUUUAAUCAUAACCAACAACCACAUGAUGUUGAGUGUAAGAGGGAACAAUUUAUGACAUUUCACUGAACCAUUAGUUUCUAUGGAAUGAAGCACAGAGUAGACAACGAUUUGCUUUUUCACCCAGGCAACCUUUCAAAAUCAACACACUAUCAUUAUUUAUUCGAAAUUUGUGACAUGCACACGAAAAAUACACUUUUUUGUUUGUAUUACAAGAUUUUCAUCACAACACAUUUAAUGUGUAUUACACGAUCUUCUUUAUAACGCAUUUGUGUACAUUAUACGAAUUCCAAUUUGUUGUGGCUAACGUUAGCUUGACUAGCUAGGUGGCUAAUGUUAGCUAGGCUAGGGGUUAAGGUUAGGCUUAGGAGUUAAGGUUAGAGUUAGGGGCUAGGGUUAGAGGUUAGGUAACAUGCUAGCUAAGUAGUUAAGGGUUAAGGUUAAGGUUGGGAAGGUUAAAGGUUAGGGGAAGGGUUAGCUAACAUGCUAAGUAGUUGCAAAGUAGCUAAAAUGCAAAAGUUGUUGGUGAUGAAAUUCAAACACGCAACCUUUGGGUUGCUAGACAUUCGCGUUAUACACCGACCAACCUCCUUCCUAUUUUAUCUGUCUUAAGUAACCUACCAUGUUUAUCUGUGAUUGAAAAUAGUGUACUGUACACUAAAAUGUUGACUUUUUUGUGUGCCUGUCACGAAUUUCCAAUUAGCAAGUAUAUUUCCCAAUAAUCUCUGAUACUGGGGUCUUCGAAAUAUGAGGUGCAGCAUUUCCUUGUCUUAUAUAUCUUUCUCUCUGUACAUAUGUUUAUUUCAUUAUAUCCUUUUUUUUACAACGAUGUUGAUGAUUAUGUGGAGUAGAUGGUUACACCAUAACAAAAAAUAUUUGUGUAGAUUAAAAAAUGUGGCAAUUUAUUUCAUCCUCAAAUCAUCAUUUAGAAAAUUUUGUGAUGAGAAAUUUGAAAUGGUUAUCUUUACUCAAAUGUGUAUGAAGGUCCUUUAGCCACCAGGGAUAUAGUUGUAUAUUUAUAGGCUCUAGAUCACUGGAAUGACAUAUAUGGCUUUAAGUGGCAUUGAUAUAUAUAUUGAUAUUUGUCAACAACAAAAAAAAUCAUGUACUUUAAUUACUUUAAAGCUUACAUUGUGUAUAGCACGUAUGCAAGUUAAUUUUCAUCAUGUUUGAUGUAAUUUUUGUAGCAGUGGUUUGAUACUAAUAAAUGGCAGUUUAUGAUGGAACUGUA